UAAGCAUUUUUCAUUAAACAUAUUAAUAUACUUACAUUCUUUGCUUACGCUCACCAAUCAGCUUAUCGUAAAUUUCUUCUUUUGCUUUUUAAAUAAGUAAUAACUCAAUCUUCAUAUUCAGAUCAUGCAGUUCAAACGUGUCUGGGACUCGUCCUGUCCCCGCGUCUACGACCGAUGGGAGGCCGACGGAAAGACCUUCAUUAUACAGGAUCUGGCUCCGGAAGACGACGCCUUAGCGUUGGAGUUGUUGGUCGAACACUUUAUACCAGACGAAAAUCUUUGCAAAACUAGCAAUCUCAAAGAUGAUCCUGUGGGCGUUAAGAGCAUGUGUGAACUUUGGGAAAAGGUCUUGGCACAAAGGACUAGUCUCGGCUGUUACGCAGAGGUUGAGGGAGAAAGUUGCAAGAAUGUUAUGGAUGCAAUCUUGUACAUUCAAGAGAAGCACGGUGAAAGCUUCGAAUAUUUAGGAGACCAAUAUCUAGCGGCGAUUGGACUGAUGGUAACGAAAGAGUACAGAGGUGCAAAACUGGGCGCAAGACUGAUAGCUGCUAGGGAGCCCUUAUGUAAAACCCUAGGCUUAAAAUCUACGGAGACAGUAUUCACGGGGCCUGCGUCUCAAAGACUCGCCGAGUUGUGCGGGUUUGAGACUAUACUCGCAGUCACCUUCAAUGAACUGGCAGACGCUGGUCUCAAAUACCCUAGGGACGAUAGAGCUAUCAAAAUAAUGUGCAAGAUAUACGAGUGAAAUUCCAGGACCUGUAAUGAGAACAAUAAAAUUUUAGAUAAUGUAAAAUAUAGACCAACAUAUGUUAAGAACUAGGUUCUUUUUAUAUUGUUUUUUGUAAUAAAUAUUUUUUAUCGACU